GCAAGUGCGGCCGCGGAGUGAGGAGGCUUGUUUUUUGCGAGACCACCCCCACCCCCCCCCUGCGCGGGGCCGGCGGAGAGCCAGCGGAGCGGCACCAUGCCGUGUGCCAGCCUGCCCGCCAAGGAGAACAACCUGUUCAAAAGAAUACUGAAAAGUUAUGAACAAAAACAGUACAAAAAUGGACUCAAGUUUUGUAAAAUGAUCCUCUCCAACCCCAAAUUUGCAGAACAUGGAGAAACACUAGCUAUGAAAGGACUGACCCUGAAUUGUUUGGGAAAGAAGGAAGAAGCAUAUGAAUUUGUACGAAAAGGACUUCGAAAUGAUGUUAAGAGUCAUGUUUGCUGGCAUGUUUAUGGCCUCCUGCAGCGCUCUGACAAGAAGUAUGAUGAAGCCAUCAAAUGUUACCGUAACGCCCUGAAACUGGACAAGGACAACUUGCAGAUUCUCAAAGAUCUGUCAUUGUUACAGAUACAGAUGAGAGAUUUGGAAGGAUAUCGGGAAACCAGAUAUCAACUUCUUCAGCUGCGCCCAACACAACGGGCUUCAUGGAUUGGCUAUGCCAUUGCAUAUCAUUUACUAAAAGACUAUGAAAUGGCCUUAAAAUUGCUGGAAGAAUUCAGGAAGACUCAGCAGGUACCUCCAAAUAAAAUAGAAUAUGAAUACAGUGAACUCAUCCUGUACCAGAACCAAGUGAUGAGAGAAGCAAAUCUAUUUCAGGAGGCUUUGGAUCACAUUCAGACUUAUGAGAAGCAAAUAUGUGACAAACUACACAUAGAAGAGAUUAAAGGAGAGAUGUAUUUAACUCUGGGAAGGCUGGAAGAGGCUGUUGAAGUGUACAAAGAGCUCAUAGACCGUAACCCAGAGAACUGGAAAUACUAUGAAAACUUAGAGAAGGCUCUGCAGCCUGGUUCUGUAGAUGAACGACUUUGCAUGUAUGAGGAAAUUGGUAAAAGGCAUCCGAGAGCUUUUUCACCGAGAAGAUUACCAUUAAACUUUGUGACAGGUGGCAAGUUCAGAGAGCUUGCUGUAAAGUUCCUGAGGGCCUAUUUUAGCAAGGGCUGCCCUCCUUUAUUUACUGCCUUGAAAUCCUUGUAUAGCGUUGCAGAUAAGGUCUUAAUAAUACAGGAUAUAGUUACUGGCUUUGAAACUUCAUUGAAAGCCUGUGAAUUGUAUAGUAUGGAUGAUAAUGGAGAAAAGGAACCACCAACAACCUUGCUCUGGGUUCGGUACUUUUUAGCGCAGCACUUUGAUAAACUGGGUCAGUGGUCUGUUGCCUUGGACUAUAUCAACUCUGCUAUUGCCAGCACGCCAACACUAAUAGAACUCUUCUACAUGAAAGCCAAGAUUUACAAGCAUAUAGGUAAUCUGAAAGAAGCUGCCAAGUGGAUGGACGAGGCCCAAUCUUUGGACACUGCAGAUCGGUUCAUCAAUUCCAAAUGUGCCAAGUACAUGCUGAGAGCCAAUAUGAUUAAAGAAGCAGAGGAGAUGUGCUCCAAAUUUACACGGGAAGGAACACCUGCCAUGGAAAAUCUAAAUGAGAUGCAGUGCAUGUGGUUCCAGACAGAAUGUGCAGCAGCUUUCCAGAGACAAGGAAAAUAUGGAGAAGCUCUGAAAAAGUGCCAUGAGAUUGAAAGGCAUUUUUUUGAAAUCACAGAUGACCAAUUUGAUUUUCACACCUAUUGUAUGAGGAAAAUGACACUGCGUGCCUACGUAGAUCUUCUGCGACUGGAGGACAUUCUCCGCCAACAUGCCUUUUAUUUUAAAGCUGCUCAGUCUGCCAUUGGAAUCUACUUGAAACUGCAUGAAAAUCCGUUGACCAGUGAAAGCAAGGAGCAAGAGGUUAAUUCAGAAAACCUCUCGGCGAAAGAAUUAAAGAAGAUGUUAAGCAAACAAAGGAGGGCUCAGAAAAAGGCAAAGCUAGAGGAGGAAAGGAAACAUGCAGAGAGAGAGCGUCAGCAGAAAAACCAAAAGAAGAAAAGAGAUGAGGAGGAAGAGGAAACAAGUGGACCGAAGGAAGAACUGAUUCCUGACAAACUGGAAAGGGUGGAAAGCCCCCUGGAAGAAGCUAUCAAAUUCCUCACCCCCCUGAAGAGCCUUGCAGCUAACAACAUACAAACACAUUUACUGGCAUUCGAGAUCUAUUUUAGAAAAGGGAAAUUUCUCUUGAUGUUACAGUCCAUUAAAAGAGCUUUCUUGAUUGAUUGCAAUAACCCAUGGCUGCACGAGUGUUUAAUACGGUUUUCAAAAUCAGUUUCAGAUCAUAGUAAUCUCCCAGAAAUAGUUAAUAAAGUACUGGAACAAGAAAUGAAAAGCAUCUUUGUUAACAAGAAUAUGAAAAGUUUUAACGAAGAGUUCCUCAAGAACAAUUCUACCUCCAUUCAACAUUUCCUUUCAGGUGCAAAAAUGAUGUAUUAUUUGGACAAGUCCAGACAAGAGAAAGCAAUUGCCAUUGCAACAAGGUUGGAUGAUUCAUUAACUGAUAGAAAUGUUCAGAGUCUGACUAAAGUCUUGGAAGCGCUCUUGGAUGGGAGCUUUGGCAGCUGCAACACGCAGCACGAGGAGUACAGGACAGCCUGCCACAAACUGUUCCCAUUUACACCUGCGUUUAUGUUGUCAGCAAACGAGGAGGACUGUCGCACCACACCGAUAAACCAUUCUGUUCUUAACCACGAUGUGUUGUGCAAUGAAAUAUAGCACAGUGAAAACGUUGAAAGACUUAAAUGAUCAGGGUUCCCACGCAUUGAUAUAAUGCAGAACAGAAGGUGGCUUGCACGCUGGCCAGAGCCCUUUGGCCUUCCAUCCUUUCUUUCUGAGCCUCCCAGAGAAAGGCCAGCUGAUCACAUUAAAAAUCAGCAUCUGUCAUGUUGUACCUGUACAGUCUAGGUCUUUUAUCCUCUUUACUGAAGGAGCUAUUAAACAAACAAUUAUUUUAUUUUUAAUUUUUUCAAUAUGAACUCAUUUAAAUGAGGCAUAUGCUUUCCUAGAAAGUUGCAACUGAAGACAUGUCGAUAAUAUCUAAUGUAGCAAAUCUAGUAGAAACAAAAAGAGCACUCUUUGCUUAGUUGACAGGGUUUUUGUUUAGUUUUGCUUUUGGCAGGGGUUUGAUUUUAAAAGUAUUCAGGGUUUAAAAUGUAAUAUUUGUUGAUGUACAUGAAUGGCGGUUACCCACACAGGGAACACAUUACUGCAUUACCUGCUGGUUUUACAUGUUCUUGAAUGGCAGUGCAAGAACCAAGCACAUUUCAACUCUUUACAAGGAAUCUAGAUCUCAAGGAAGCAAUAUGGUAAAGCUAGUGUCUUGUCUUGUAGUAGAACCAUCAUCUUACACAGGUGAGGGUGAGUUUGGAAUUGUUCCACCAAAUAGGAGUAUUGGUGGCUCUUGUAUUUAACGUUCUGUGUCUGUCUUGUGUCUGGCAAUCCUGUUUGGACAGAAUGGUUUUAAUUUUAUUAAGUGCAAACAAUAAAUAACCCCCCCCCCCCCCCCCCCCCCCCCGUUCUGCAGGUUACAUUCACGUAGCAUUAAUUAGCACCACAUGCCUUUUAACCAUGACAUUUUAUUUACCUAUCCUCAGUCACUUGAAUGGGCACAGCGAUAUUACUGUACCUCAUUUUUCUUUUCCCUUUUUUUACACUUUGGCAAACAAAUCAUGGCUGAAAUAACUACCCAAAGUAUGUCAUGCUGAUCAAUUGGUUACAAAUUGUUAAUAUGACAUAGCCAUCUACAGACAAAGAUUUCACCUUCCUGUGCAAACAGAUGCUUAUGUACAUUUCUGAGAGCGAUUCAGCAUGUUUUGCCCUGGUAGAAAGAUUCUACUUGGUACUAUGAACCUCUAUAGAUUGCUGUGUAGCCAUGACAGGCCCAAGCAGAUGCGGUCAAAAAAUAGUUUUGGGUUUUGUUUGUUAUUUUUUUUUA